UAUAUAAAAGCAAAAACGAACGGAUAGAAAAUUAAAGGAACACGUGAGAUGGCAUCUACGUCUCUACCGCUCAUCAGUGGAGGCCUCCGUUUUCCCUCUCAAUACUCAGCAUCCCUUCCCAACCACCACCUCUCUGCAACUGCAACUGCAACUGCAACUGCAACUCUCCCCAAGUGGGGAUGGAGAAGAGACAAAGACACAAGCAUGUUCAUCAACACAACCAGAGGCCAAGCAUUUCGAAUCUUGGCCAACCCUAAUGUGUCUUCAAGGAAAGGAGGCCCAAAGAAUGAAGUGAUCAUGGUUGAUCCUCUGGAAGCCAAGCGGUUGGCUGCCAAACAAAUGCAAGAAAUUAAAGCAAAAGAGAAAUUCAAGAGAAGACGUGAAAUUGAAGCAAUUAAUGGAGCAUGGGCAAUGAUUGGUCUCACCGCAGGCUUGGUCAUUGAAGGUCAGACUGGAAAAAGUAUUCUGACUCAGUUGGCGGACUACUGGAGUGCCAUUGUAAGUCUUUUUGUGCGGUAGUGAUAAAUUUUAGAAAUUGCAGAUUCAUUCUGUUAGAUCUUUCAAAUAAAUGUUGUUUCUGCCUUAUUUGAAUUGCUACUUAUCCUUCCAAACUAACAUGAAUGUUGUAAAAAUUCUUUCUUCCAGCACUCUAUGAUCAGAUUCUAAAAUGUAAAAACAUUGCCCAAAAUCCUUGAUAUAGAACAUGUUAUUCAUAA